AUGCAGUGCCUGUCCUUCGUGAUGUCCUUGCUCCUGAUACAGGGAGGAGCUCAAAGGUCGUGUCCGUACCGCUAUCUGAUGUUACAGGUGCAUGCAUGUAAUGAUGCGUCCCAAUCAGCCUGGAGCGUGGCCGGUCUCGCCUUCCGAGACAAUACGGGAAAGAUCAUAGACGUUCCAGCCACGCGAAGCAACGCGGAUCUACACCGUGGCAGACCGCGAGUUCCCGCAAGUUUUGGUUUCUCCGGAACCGAACCCUGGAACGUCUUGGAUGGCAAUCCCUUCUCCAUCCUGCAAGUAGACGAUACUUACUCGGUGGAGGGAGAGAUUGACCGUGGCCGUGACUUGUCCAGGCCGACUUUUGCUGCGAUGCUGGUGAUUGAUUUGGAAGUUCCACGACAAGUGGGGUCCUACACCAUGGUCUCGCGGCGGGAUGGUAGUGAUGACACUCAUCCAAGAAGAUGGACGCUGAGAGGCUCCAAUGACUUGACAUCUUGGGCCAACAUGAGCACCUAUGACCUUCAUACCAAACCAUUCCCAGAGGGAGAAGCUGGAUUUGGCAGAAUCUUCUCGGGCGACCUUGUAUGCGGCGAGCUAGAAUGA